AUGCCUAACUAUGCGUUUGGCAGAAAGGUGGCAAUAAUGCAAGUUAGAAGAAAGCAAUUAGACACAAUCCUUCAACUUCUAGGCUCAGCUGCUAUUGUGCAGUUUGUUAGCAGAAGCUCCUAUAUGCAGAGACAUGACCGAAAGCAAACUCUGCAACAAGUUGACGAAUUCUUAAACACAAAGUUGGCUCCUAAGGAACUUGUUGACGACGUGAAGCAAAUUGGAGUGGCCCUUCUACCAACAAGUACUACUAGCAAAGCUCUUCCAGCACCUACGGAGGCAAAACCUGAACCCAAAGUCGAACCAGCAGCAGCAAAAUCCCCUCAAGUUAAAUCGGUUCCCCAAACAAAAGUCGAGCCUACCACUAGCAAGACCACUCUUUCACCUACAGAGGCAAAACCGGAGCCAAAAGUUGAAGCAACAGCAGUAACCCCUCUAAUUAAUUCAGUUCCUAAAACAGAAUCCAAGGCUGAUGGAAACUUUAGAUUCCCUAGACCACUUUCACCAUAUUCUUGUUAUCCUUAUUUGAAGCAACCAACAUCUCCUACUCCAUCAGAGCCCUAG